AUGAAAAUUUUCUUGCUCCGGCCUAACCUUGGAAGGUGCGGCGAGGGCAGCCCAUGCGAGCAACUGUGCAGCGAGUUACACGACGGCACCUACGAAUGCGGGUGUGGUCCCGGCUACGUGCUACAAGUAGACGGCUACGGCUGUUUAGAAAUCAACUCCACUAAGGCCACUGAGGCGCCUGUGAAAGAAGAUGUCCUCUACCAAAAGGACGUCUCCUUCUCCGCGGAGUUAGAAGUUGCCCCGUCCACUAGAUUUAGUAAUAAUAUUAAACAUAUCGAUACCACACUUCAACCUAGUAAAGAGGAGAAGAGAGAGAACUAUUCAUUCACAGGAGAGAAGAGUAAAGAACUAGACGGCCUUAAGAGUUUGAUAGAAGAUGGCGUUAGCAAAGCAGACUUGAAUAUCAUAUCUGAUGGGGCAAGUGAUAUUGAUAAGAUGAAAAUUACUACUCUAGGACCGAGCUUGGAACAGAAAGUGCCAGGUGGAACGUCAUCGCCAAAGCAAACUACAGCAGUGGAAGGUUGUAAAUGCGACCCUUGUACAGAUCCCAGGUAUCAAAAGAUAUCGAUACCACGUUUUUCCGGUUCAUCGUGGAUAGCAUUACACGCACUACGGGGGGCGUACAAGCGUGUACGAUUACGUAUACGUGUGCGACCGGAGCGGACCAGGGGAGUUCUACUAUUGACAGGGGAGCACGAUGACCUAUCUGGAGAUUAUUUGGCACUGAUUUUAAGAAAUGGGCAUGUGGAAUUGAGAUUCGAUUGCGGCAGUGGAGCCGGUGUGCUUCGUUCUCCAGAACCCGUGCGUCUGGGAAGAUGGAAUACAGUAUCUGUGUACCGACAUCGUUGGGACGCUUGGCUUCGCUUGAAUACUGGGAAACGAGUGCGGGGGAGAUCUAAGGGCCUCUUCUCCAGGAUGACUUUUAGAGAGCCAGUAUGGGUGGGUGGUGCUGGCAAUACCACAGGUCUGCAGAGCAAAUUGGGUCUUACUGAAGGUCUUCUUGGCUGUGUGGACUUCCUUAGAAUCAAUGGUGAUACAUACCGACUAGUGAAGGAUGCUGUGUCUACUCUUGAUAUCAGUGAAUGUGCCCCAACCCUCGCUCCUUGGCGACCAUUGAAUGAAGUCACGAGCGAAAUAAUCCCUCACAGACACAAUGACUUAGAUCACGCAAUAUACGACAUUAAUGAUAUCGUACAUUUUGAGGACAACGAUAUUGUUAUGCGCGACUCGAAGGACCAAAACAAAAUGGACAACUUUGUAAUGAAAUAUAAUGAUUUGAAGAAAAUAAAGUUCGAUAAUGAUAAACGGGACGUCAAAUUUGUUAAUGAUAUUGAUAAUGAUUUGAAAAGUGAAGUAAAGGAUUGCGAGUGUCAACAUGGGGGAGGUUGUGUGGGAACAGUGUGCUUGUGUCCUCUGGGAUACGCUGGAGACAAAUGCGAGAUAACGCUGGAUUUAAAGGUACCUCGAUUCAACGGGUCAUCGUACCUGCGGUUACCCGGGCUUGGCAAUUCGGCGCAGUCAUGGUUAGAUAUACAGAUAACAGUGAAACCAACGAGUGGUGACGGUCUUCUUCUAUACAACGCCGAAGACCCCAGUGGCGAUGGUGACUUCUUUUCGCUUCACCUCAGGGACUACUUCGUGGAGUUUGCCUUUGAUUUGGGUUCCGGUAUCGCGCUUGUGAGAUCAGCAUACCCCUUAAAACAAAACGAAUGGCACCGAAUAUCAGUAAAUCGGUCGGGUCGUCGCGCCUCCUUGCGUGUACGCUACGACACCGAUACGACACAUGACGCGUCACGAUCCGUGACGUCACGAGGCGUUGCUAAAUACUUGGAGCUUCGACAGCCAAUGAUGCUUGGAGGAGCCCCACAACCGUUGCCAGCUAGAUUAGCACUUAAGACUUCGUUUAGUGGCUGUGUUGGACAGUUAAUAAUCAAUGAUGAAGAACUAUCUGUGGUGUCGUCAGCGCUCGGAGGUGUCAACGUGGAUAAUUGCGAUGAUCCAAGAAACGAUUCUUGCUAUAACAACAUUUGCAGAGAAAAACUUGAACCUGUAUCAUACCCAAAAAACCUAACAGACAAAACCCAUCAUACCAUUGUAGCAAAAAAGGGUUUUAAAUUAAAAAACCACAAAUCGAAGCAAAAGAAGCGAGCGCACGUGGAAAAGUAUAAGCGGAAAAGCUUUUUCAAAAAACGAUUUGAAAAUGAAAUAAAGACAGAAGGACCGGUGUAUGACGGACAGACGUACAUACAAAUGAAGUAUUUGAGUAGUAACGAAAUUAAUUGGGGCGAUACGAAUAGUUAUCCGAGUUUUACGGGAACUGAUAGCUUUAUUCACAUUGAUGAUGAGGAGACUAUGAAAAGAUUGCUAAGUUACACCCUGGACAUAAACAUCCGUUUCCGGUCAGUAUCACCCCACGGCCUGUUAGUAUGGAGUGGCCGCGCUCCUUUAUCUCCAAGAACAGACUUUCUUUCACUUGCCGUUGAGAACUCCGUACUUGUGUUUAGAUAUGAUCUUGGUAGUGGAGAGGUCGUUAUAAUAGCAAAUCAUACUAAAGUAGACGACGGAUUAUGGCACAGAGCGAGAGCUACUAGAAAUCGACAAGCUGGUGUUCUAGAAGUGGAUGGGCUGGGUUCAGUCGGGAAAAUUUCUCCGGGAAAACUCAAACAACUAAACACUGAAAACGGAUUAUAUAUAGGUGGUCUACCCUCAAUAGAAAUAAGCACAAACGGAAAAUACAAGAGCGGUCUGGUUGGGUGCGUCUCACAAAUAUCGCUAAGUGGAGAUUUUGACAUCCCCUUAACUUUAUCAAAACUACCCCACACUAUAACUAACAAUGUCGGUCAAUGUACACCAUAA